AUUUCCUUCCUCUUUUCCACACAUAAAAUAUUUUGCGUCGAUACAUUAUCACUUCAUUCGCCGGUUGACUGUCCACAGUGAAAGAACGCGUGUCGUGAACUCUCUAUUCCACUCAGCUGGUCGCGUAUAACGCUUCAGACGUUCGCUUUGUUAAUUAAUUUGAUCAUCAUAACAAUCACCCCCGACAAAAGAGUCUACCGUUCCUCGGUUGGUUGUCGAAAGUAAAAUGUCAUACACGAGAAAAGUGACUGUGGUCAGGCAAGGAUGCACCGGCCAGCGAACUGUUACCGUCACUCAACAAUCGUACGGCAGUUGUUCUUCUUCAUCAUGGACUCAGCAACCGAUUCAAGAACCAUUAAUGAUCAGUAAUAGUACCAGCUGCGGCGCUCGUGAAAUUCCAACUGAAUCGCACACGGACAAUGCUGCCAAGGACGGUACGUCGUCCUUCGAAGAUGCCGUUUUGGAGGAACACAAUCGGUUACGUGCCCGCCAUUCAGCGGCACCUCUGACACUUAAUGCAGCUAUGAACCAGUACGCACAGGAAUGGGCCAAUAACUUGGCCAGGCGGAACACGAUGCAGCAUCGCUCGAACAAUCGUUACGGCGAAAAUUUGUAUGCCAGCUUUGGUAAGUCAGAUGUGACCGGGGAGGAAGCGGUUCGCUCCUGGUACAACGAAAUAAAGGACUAUCGCUUUGGGCAGUCGAAUCCAGGUAACUUCUCUCAGGUUGGACACUUUACGCAGCUUGUGUGGAAGGGUUCCCGGCAGCUGGGUGUAGGCAAGGCGAGGAAUGGAAAUAACAUUUAUGUUGUAUGCAACUAUGAUCCACCAGGGAACUAUUCGGGACAGUAUGCUGCCAAUGUUACGCCCCAAUAGUAUAGCUGUUUAUUUUGUUUCUAUUCUAUUAUAAUGUAAUAAUAAUCCAGCCAAUCAAGAGAAAUAAAUAUUAAAAUGGAGUCGUA